CCUUAGUUAUCAUGGCGGACGUUUCUUAAUUCAACUCAGUACCUUGUAAACAAAAACAAAACUGAUCCUGAUGUAAGAAAUAAUAAAGAACUAACGGAUCUUAUUUAAUAUAAUGAAAAUUUUGGUCUCUCGGGAAUUAAAGUAUUUUGUGCGUUAACUUAGCAAGCAUCUUUCUUAUGACCAAAAAAAAAAAUUAAAGUACACUACUCACUACAGUACAGGAGACCAUCUUCUAAUUUCAAGUCAGGACCUGUGACUUCAACUUUUGUUUGUCCAAUAGCCGCAUAAAGACAGUUUUAAUUUGACUUUGUUAUUUUUAAAUCAAUGUAGCUCUAACAAAAUUUAAUAUAUUCUAUGAGAGGUACCUAAUCCAUGUUGGUUCAAAACAAAACAAUUAAAAUUUUACUUUGCUAAUUUAAUUUAAGUUUUAAGUAAAGUAAACACUUUACUUUGUAAUGAUUGUUAACCCUCAUACUCAUUGAUCAUUCAACUCAUUGCCCCCUUAAAGUGGCUAUUGUAUAUUUACUCACCUCUUCUUCACAAUAACAUCAAACACAUUUUAAGAAUUCAUAAACUGAUAUUUAGCUUAAAGCUGAAUAUUACUUUGACUUUGAGUUAAAAUUAAAAGUAACAAAAGUUCCAACUGAUAAAUUAACUCACAUGCUGCUAAAGAAUCAAAAUAAAAUUAACCUAUUCCAUCUUUCUCUAUCAUGACUAUUGUCUAUAGGUCUAAUGAUUGACUAUUAGUGGUCACAUGACAAUGCUGACAAACAGACAUUUCACCCAACUUUGUUAUGGCGGUCAUGUGACCUGGUCGCCUAACGAAUAUCUUGAGAAUUAUUCAUCCAGUCGCCGGACAUGUCGACACUUUGUUAAAAAAAAUGUGUGGUUUAGGCCUACUUAUUUUAAGAAAAUAAGCUAUUUCAAUAAAAACUUUUAGAGAAAUCAGAUUCAGUAAAGGCACAAUCACAUUCAUAUUUCAGUGUAAAAUUAAUACUGUCACCUGUUGUUAUGAUUCAUAUCCAAUACAAACCUAAGAUGUAUAACAGUUUCUUGUUUGUAAACAAAAAAGGAUAACUGAUUAUAUUUUGAUAAAAAAAUUAUUAACAGUUAUUAAUUUAGCAUUUAACUUUUUUCUACAGGGCUUUUAAAUUUUUGUACAUGGCUUUAGUUAUUUCAUAUCCCGGGUUUCAAACUCUGGAAAGUUGGCAUGUAUGAUUUAAAUAUUUUGGUAUAUUUUUAUUGCAUAUUAUCUUUUUUUUUUUAUUAUUAUUAUUUUUAGCUCUUGAGAGGAGAACUGUGUUAAAGAGGCUAAGCCAAAAUGGCACCACUUAGUUGGUCAGCCAUUGAGGCUGUAUCUGUGAGCUCUUUGUCAGAGGAGCAAGCAGAUGAGCUGUUUGAAAAACUCAAAGAUGUAAGUACUUUGGAUUUUAAAGUUCAUUUUCCUGUUUAUGCAUACUAUGGGUUAUAUCAUAAUUUUUAAAAAUAAAUAAUGCCAUUAAAAAAUGUCUAAUUGUUUAAUAAUUUUUAGGGUAAGGCAGGGGAUGAUUUUGACAAUGCCAAGCUUAAAAAGUUGUUUGAAGUUUGUCAAGCAGUGAUGGUCAACAGAAACCAAUUACUGGAGGAUGCAAUGACUGAGGCUGAAUUGGAGGCAAAGAAAGCCUUAAAGAAAGGUAGCUAACUCAAUUAAAAUUUUUGUAAACAAUAUAAAGUGUAAAGCUGGUUUUAUUAUUUAAUUAUAAUUUACGAGAUAUAAAAAAAGUUUUUUACAACUGUAUAAAGUAUAAAUUUUAAUUUCUAAUAACAAAUAUAUCUUACAAAUUUUCAACAAAAAAAUUAUAAUUAAAUUUUCCUUUCAGAGCAAGAAUUGAAAAAAGAGAUCGAGAAAAUUGAAAAACAGAAGGAAGAACUUCAGGUAAGCACUUACUCCAAGUGGACGAAACUCCAUAACUCAAGAAAUAUUUUUAAUUAGUGCAAAUACUUAACUUAUGAUAGUUCUUAAUCUGUAUUUGUUUAGUUGUAAAAAAAUUGCUGAUGGGCAUGAAUAAAAAUUUCAUUCCUUAUUACUGCUUCAGAAAUAUGGACCAGAGAGUGGUGGCUCAAGAGACACAAGAUAUCUCAGAGAUCAGCUACGAGAGCUGGAGGAAAACAACGAUCACUUAAAGCAAGAAGUCAAGGACUUGAAUAGGGAUCUCAAUGGUGAAAAAAGGGCUGCAGAAAAGGCAAGCUAAAAUUAUUAUACUCAUGGUCAAAACCCUUCUGAUAUUGAAUUUUUCCUUAAACGAAAAAUAUGAAAAAAGUAGGACUAUGUGAAGAAAAAAAAAGGGUGCAAAAAAAAUUAAAUAUUUCAGCUAACGGUACAAACAAAGAGUAACAAAUAAAAAAAUAAAAACUUAGCUUAUAUGUAGUAUUUUAACUUUUGCAUCCUUUUCUAGGGUUUCCCUCUACCUUGUGCAACAUAUUUCCUUUUUCUUUUGCUAACCUGAUUGCUGUCUCUCACCUUAUUAUACUUUUUAAUAUAAAUAGAUACAUUAAUAAAAAUAGAAUUUUAUAGAGAAUAAUAAAAUUAUGUCAUUAAUUUUAAUUUUAUUAUAAUUAUAACACUCUGUUUGCAGUACAGUGAGAGAAUUAACCAACUAGAAAAGGAGUUGAAGGAGACGAGAGAAGAGGUAAGCAGCUAAUUAGCAUAUUAUUUAUUGUAAUUUUUUUUUUUUUAAAUAAACUUCAGAUGAAUUUAAUGUGAUGAGGAAUUUCUGAUCUCCUUCUUGCAUCAGUUUUUUCUACUAAGAUUUCAGCCAGUUUAAUGACACAUACAGUUUUUAAUUUAAAUACUUUACUUUAUUUUUACUGUACCAAUAUAACCUUAUUUUUUUUUAUUUUAUUUUUUUUGCAACAGGAAAUAUUUAUUUGUCAUUUACUAUCUUUUAAAAAAAAAUUAUUUCUAGAAUGAUCAAAUGCGUCAAGACAUCAGUGACUACAAAAUGCAGAUGCAAACACAGAGGGACAGCAUUGUUUCUAGGCGAGGUGAAGAUGCUGAGUUUAAAGAAAAAGUGGCCAAGAAAAAUAGAGAACUUGCAGAGACGAUGGAAGAACUUCAGGUUUGUUGUGGCAACGAGAGUAAUGACACAUGGUUUUAUUAAUAAAAAAGAAUUUAAUUCAUAUAAUUUUCUUUAAAUCAAUGAAUUAAAAAUAUAUUCAUUGAUAUUCAUUGAUUACACAUGUGAAAGACAUGUAUUUGAAGAAGAUUUAUUAGGUUGCAUCUCAAUCAACCCUACGUUGCCUUCCAGUAUGCCAUUUUAUGAUCAAAUUUACAGAAUGUCUCAGAUGCCAAUGACCUUCUUGUGAAAAGAUGUGAAGACCUCCAGAGGAACUUAGAGGAAGCCAUAGCACAGAUGGAUCGCACAUCAGAAGAUUAUCUGAAACUGAAGGUGAAGCUUUAUUUAAAACUUGGCCUUAAUUGAUAGAGAUUAAACUUGUAACGUUGUGAAUAUAUGAGAUUAUUUUUCUAUUUAAAAAAAAUAAAAAAAUAAAUUACAAGCGCUUAAUUAUUUACAGUUUUUAAAAAUAUUUAAAUAUUGUAUCGAGUAUUUUAACAUUUAGUUAACAUAGACAUUUAAAAUUUACUGAAUGCUGAAAUAGCGAUUAUUGAACCAGACAAAGAUUUACAAAAAUUAAUUAAAAAUGAUUGUUGUGUAAAGUGUUUAUAUUCUAAAAUGAUGUCCUUUGAAGAAUGUCCUCCAACAAAGUGAUGCAGUAACUGACGCACUGAGAGAAGAAAAUGAAAUCCUCAAGAAUCAAGUCCAGGACUUGACAGAGCAGGUUCAAUCAAAAGGGGAAGCAGAUGAUGCCAUCAUGGUAGCAGUGAACCAGAAAGUGGAUGAGUGGCAGGUAAGGAGAUGUGACAUUAUUCAAUAAUAUCAAUAAACUAAUAACGUCAUAGAGAAAUAUGACAAUGACUGUAUUCAAUUAUAUUGAAAGAAUAAAAAUGUCAGAUGAUCAGAAACAGUUUCUAAGUUUGCAUGAACUUUCUUGUCAUGAUUUGUAAUAUUUUCAAAACUAUAACCAGAACAAAAUGUUAAGUGCAGCUUUAUGUUUAUAACUUAGAAAUUAAUUUUCUUUUUUUAGUAUGAAUAUCAGGAGAUUCUUGUAAAGAUUAGAUUAUAAUUUGUAUUUGUACAGAUUUUUUUACCCUGCAAUACUCAAAAAUUAAUUUAACUCCAACUGGUGUAUUAUCUAAAUUUAAGGAAAUAAUGCAAGAGAAAGACCUUCAAAUAAAUGAUCUACAAGAACAGAUCUUUAGAAUGAAAAGUCAACUUAUCGCAGCCAACAUGGAUUCUGACAAGGCAUCAGUGUCAGCCCUUAGUGAGGUAAAAAUGAAAGAUGCACAACAAAAAUCCAUGGAUUGGAUUUUUUAUUAUUAAAAGAUGGCUUAAAAAAAAGUUAAUAAAAAUAAGUCAGUUAUAUUUUUUUCAAAAUACAAUGAGUUGUCUUAAGCAUUGAGAGCUAGUAAAUAUUUUUUGGCAGCUGUUUUUAUGUUCUUAAUUCAUUUGAGCAUAAAACCUUCUUUUGUUAUGUAUCAAAAAGGUUUUGAAAGACAAAGACAAACAAAUAGCAGAAUUGACAGAGAAGGUCGACCUGUAUACAACUGAAAUGGAGAAAAAUGCAGCCAUUAUUGAAGACCUCAACAGUGAACUACAUCGAGGUAGGGGCUUUUUAUUGUGACACACUAACUAGGCUUAAAUAGAUAUUUAUGUGUUUUAAAUAAAAAUUAAAAGUGAUCUCAACUAAAGUGUUCUGUUCUAACAGUGUUAGUAAAUUUCUUUCAACAGCUGGAUCCGCUCAAGGUGACAGACUCCAGAACAAACUACGUGAGCUGCAAAAUGAGAACAAAAUAUUUAGAGAGCGCAUCAAGCAAGCUGAAGAUGAUAUUAAAAAAGUAAGACUAAAUAAAUAUAUUUUAAAACUAUGUUACUCUUGUAAUUGACUUCAUUGAAAUACAAAAUUAAAUUACCACUAAAAAAUAAGCUUACAAUAUGAGGGAACAUAUUCUUCUAAAAGAAUGUGCAUUUUUACAUUAUAGAAGAAAUUGUUAAGCUACAAAAUUUUGUAAAAAAGUGGUCUUGUUUAUAUUUCACAGGCUGAUGAGGACUGCAGAAGCAAAGACAAAGAAUUGAGUGAAUUGUUGGAGAGAAUGAGACAGUAUGAAGCAGUAAGUUGAGUUUCCCUUCUAAAACAAAAGUACAUUUUAGAGAAAAAAUAUUUUAGAUAAAAUAAAAACGUUAAUUCUUUAAUAAGUUCAUAUUUAUGUAUUUAUUCCCCCUUUUUUUUUUCUUUGCAGAAAAACCCUUUCAAUAAAAUUCAGUAUUAUAGAGGUUGCUUUCAUUUUAAUGUAAUUAGUAAACAUAUUUCUAAAGAAAUUAUUGUUUAUUUUUCAGGGCGAAUAUGGCCUGUCAGAGGCUGUUGCUGAGAUAAAAGAGGGAAAGAAUCAAGUUAAAAUCCGAGAGAGGUGAGUUUGUUUUAAUUAACUCUGCUACCUAAACAUCUCCAUAAUGCCCUAAUGGUUUUUUCUAACUUUUACAUUAGAAGUCUCUAUUUAAAUACACAAUUUUCCAAUAAUAAUUUUGGUCUGAGUUUAAGCUAAACAAAUAAAAUAAUUUGGCAUGUAGUUUUAUUUAAGACAUAAUUGAAUAUAAAUGAUGAAGAACAAAAAAAAAACAACGUAGCAUCACAUUUCUCACAUCACAUUACGUAACUGGCAUCUGUCUUGUCAUCAUUCAGAGAAAUAGAGGAGCUGACACAGUACAUCAACAAGGCUGAGCUGAAGAUCAAUGAACUGUUGGAUGAGAAUGAAGAGCUCAGGUACAAGCUCGGCAUGGAUCCCAAGGAACCAUUAGAUUUAACAGCUUUCAGGAAAAACAAGGCCAUAAGACAAGAAGAGAUGAAGGCCUUGAACUUUACACUCCAGAGGGAGGUAAGCAAGGUUAUAUGAGUUGUGUCGUCGUCGUCCCCCCCCCCCCCCCCCCAAGUGAAGGGGGAUAUAGGCACUGGCAGUUAGCACAAGAAAAGAUAUCUCAAUUUCACAAUAAGGGAAUCCAUAGUAUAACAAUGAAGGUUAGUUUAGUACAAGCUAAGAUAUCCCAAUUUCAAAGUAAGGUGAUUUAUAGCAUACCUUUGAUGGUUAGUGUAUAUAAGUUAUAAUAUAGUAAGGGAUUGUUUGUUUUGUUCACCAGAUUGAAAUGUUGGAAGAAGAAAGAAUUGAGGACAAGAAAAAGAUCCGCAAGCUGGCACAGCAACUAGGUCAAAGGUGUGUAGGUGAUCAAAUCUAUAUUAUUGUACAGGCUUACAUUGUGCUGUCUAGAUUUAGAUUACUUUUAGUUCAAAUGUAACGUUUCUUACAAGUAACAGAUUUUGAAAAACAUUUGAGAUCUUAAAAAAUAAUUUCAACUUCUUUUUGUUACCAAGUCUGAGUUUGUUCUGGCUAUUUAUAUCUGGUUCAUAUUUAGUUUUUAUAAAGCAAGAUCUUGUUUCCAGUAUCCAGGAACACAAUGAGUAAGAAGUUGAUUUAUUGUCUGCUGGAGUAUGAAACAGUUUUUGGCAUUUCUUCUCAAUCAUUUUUUGUUUAUUUUCAUGCCAAUUAUUUUUUCAAUGAGGUUAAUGUUUAACAAACUUGGGUUGUUUUUUUUUCUGUUUUUUUUUUUUAAAGACUUAAGAAGAAAAAAAUAAGUAAUUUUUAUUUUGCAUUUAUAAGAUUUUUUUUAUAAUUUAUAAACAACUUUUCUGUAAGAAUGGCAAAUUUUAUUAAAAAUUUGAUAACUAUACAUAAGAUCAUAAUUUAAACAAUUAUCCUAUAUCCCAAUAUCAAUAGUGUUAGAUUUAAUUUAAAGUAAAAAUAUUUCUAUCAUGAAAGAAAAAAAUGAUUAGAAAGGACUUUGAUUUAAUUUCAGCUUUAACCUAAAAUAUCUUGAUUUAUUCUACCAAAUGUAUCAAUCCUGUCUAAAGCUCACACAAAGUUUAGGUUAAACAGAUUUAACUUGAAUAAAUUUUAAAAUCAUUCUUUACAUAAUUUAAAGAUCAUAAACCAUUCCAUGCAACUUGCUUUUCAAAACAAAAUUUUGUAACUCAAGAAUCCUUCUGCAUUCAGGGCCGUUGCUCUUGGCCUGACAGCAGAAGACAUGUUGGCAGUACAAGACUACACUGAAACUCUCAAGGUCAAGCGACGUGUCCAGGAUGAACAGCAGUCAGCAGCUUCCAUCAUCAGACAACAGGUGCAGAAAGAAGAAAGCAUGAUACGGGUACGUUUUCAACCUGGCAAAAUUUCAAAUAUUGAGCUAGUCUGAGUAAUUAUAUUGAAUUAAAAUGUUGGUUUGCAUAAUAAACGAAUUGUUAUAAUGAGAUUUCUUUUUCAUCUUCAUUUAAUUUUAAUGCUAUUUUUUUUGUAAAUAGACUUAGUUAUUUCUUUAACUGAUUGCUACUGGAUAAACUAUUUAACAUUUGUCUUUAAGACCUGAUUGUUAAACCUGUCUUUCAAAAUCACUGAAAAAGCUUAUUUCUAGAUUGUGUCUCUGAAUCAUACUUGUCAUCAAUCAUUGAGGUCUAUAUAUAGCCACAUGAUGACCAUUACAAUAUAUUUUUAAUACUAGUAUAAAAGUUCAGGCAGACAAUAAAUACAAAAUGUAUAGAUAUAAAAAUGUUUCAUGUACAUUGUGGAUCAUGGCAAGUCUAUUUGUUCAGUCAAACAAAUAUUUACCAUUUCCAAUCAUUUAACACAGGGCAAAGAAUGGGAUAAGGACUUCAAAGAAAACAUUGCAGAACUGAGCAAGAUGGAGAUGCAAGUAGCAGAGCUGCGUGCCCAAAAUCAACAGCUCAAUAAAGAUAACGAAGGCCUGGAAGCAGGAUUUAAAGAAGUGAUGCAAGCCCUUCAGAAUGGGAAAUUGGAGGGUCAGGGUCAAGGUGAGCAUAUUCAUAGUUCUUUGACUUUAUUAAAGCUUUUGAAAUUCUCAAAAAUAAUUUUUGUUACAUUCAUAAAAUUAAAAUAGAUCAUAAGUUAACUAGAUUUGUAACCAUUCAUUUCAUGGAAAGCCUUGUGAAUAGUCACUGAAAUUAUUGAAGUUAUUAGUGAACAAAAGAAAUCUAGUAACAUUUGUAUGUCAUUAGCUACUCUGUUGACUUAAUGUCUUCACACUUUUUUAUAGGUGAUCCUGAUGCAUCGGUAGCCAUGCAGUUCCCGGCUAUUGAAAGAAUGUUGGCCGUGAGUGUUUAUCUUUUUCUGUCUUAGUUCAUCCAGUUUUUUAUAUCAAGCUCCAUUGCGAGAAAUUAGGAACUCAACUUUACUCUAAAAAAAAUUAUUUAUAAUUUAAUAUCAUUUUGAAACUUAUAUUAAAUUAUGUUAUAUUUAAUUGUGCAAGCUGCUCAAGUUUUCACUCCAUUCUUCAAUCUUGUUACCAAUGAAUGAAAUCUGAUUUGACCACACAGGCUAUUGAAGCAAAGAAAGUUUUAGGCAACUACGACACAACCUACUUCCUGAAAGAACAAGUGGAUGUGCUCAAAGGAAGAAAUGAAGAGCUGAGGAACACACUACGUGAGAUCAGGGUCGAGGUCACCAAAACUGCCCUAGAGAGGGACAAAGCCUUUGAAAGAGUGAGCUUAGUAAUCUGACCUAGGAUGUUGUUUUGUAACUGCCCCAUUUUACAAAUAUUUGAACAAGAAGUCAAAAUAUAAUGCAUCUAAAUAUUAGAUUUUUUAAAAUUAUCUUUCUAACUGACAGCAAUGUUGAGCAAUGAAAGUUAAACAUUGAAAAAUAAUUCAAUGUCUACAGGUUGUUUUUUUUUCAUUGACUAAUUUAACUCAAGUGAACCUAAUGUUGUUGACUGUUUCUUGCCAACAGAUUGAGAGGCUAGAAAAAGAUCAGUUUAUGCUGAAUGAGUCUGGCACUGGGAUGUUCCAUUUAAUGAAGCUACCAGAGGGCAUGGCGCCAUCCAGCUCGGAAGUGAUUGCUCAGCUCAAUGAACAUCUGAUCAUUACCCUGCAGGUACAAUGUCCCAGUAGUGUAAUUAAGAGUAAAUCUCUGUCAGUUUAAAAGAAAAUAAAAACAUAACUGAAUAAAUUUUACUGGCAUUGGUAACUCUUGGGGUGCCCCUUAAUGGUUACAGUGCUUCAUUUGUCAAUCUUUUGAUACCAAACCAUUUGGAAAUCAUUUCUCUUUCUUUUAAAGUCACUUGCCUUGACUAAAUGUACUUUGGAUUUUACUUUGAUUUAGAACCUUCAAUAUUUUAUAGAAAUUAAUUUUGUUUCAGUUAUAGUAAGAAAUCCAUUUUUUUUUUUUUAUUUCACCAAUGCUUGUAAAGGAGUUAUCUCAAAGAGAAAUAGUUUUGAAGAAAACGGAGACAGCAUUUGAGAACUUUAAGAGGAAGUAUGCAGUUCUCCGUCACCAGCAGGGCUUGUUAUACCAGGAGUAUCUCAGGGAUAAGACGGUGAGGAACAGUUUAUGUUAUGAUCUCGCUGUGCAUGGCCAUACAUUUUAUUGUAUUAUUUGUUCCUUUUGGUACCUGGUUAUCCUUUUAUUAGAUUUUUGUUCUCUUAUUUGUAAAAAUAAUAUAUAUAUAUAUAUAUUAUUUUAAAAUUAUUUAAAUUCACGCAUUUUUAGGCAUGGCAAGAGGACGUGGAGAAGAACAGCAAGAAGCUGAAAGAAUUACAGGGUCAGAGAGAGGAGGACAUGGUUCGAAUUCAAGAAUUUGAUGUUAGUAUUUGGCUUGAGAAUAGAGAUUUUACAGUAUAAUCAUAAUAAAGCUUCUACUGAAUAGCUAGGUUCCUCAUCUAGACUGUUUUGUUGCAUAUCAAUCAAACCUGACUACCGAGAAGACUUGAAAAAUAAUGUGAUAAAUGUUUUAAAAAAGAAUAAAUUAUUUUAUAAGAAUUGCAAUGAAUAAUUAUUUUAAGCCCCUGGCUUCUUUGGGGCAGCCUCUUAUGUUUUUUGAGACAAAUAGUUGUGUUAAUUAUUUACUGAAAUUGAAAUCCAUCUAAAUUUGAAAUAAAUGAACCAAUUUUUAUUUUAAUCAGUUGUUUUAUAUGUUUGGAAAUAAAAUAUCUAACCAAAUAUUUACCUGGUCUACAAACAUUGCAAUUUAUUAAGGCUCAUUUUUCACUUAUUAAAAAGAAUUGCACAAUAGUUAGUUUAAUAUCUGAUUAUUCUGAUCACAAGCAGUUGGUGUCGAUAGAUGAAAAUCCACCCUGCCAUGCUUUUGAGAUCGUCAGUUCAUUUUGUUUUAAAUUCAUUUUCCUUCUUUUUUCUUUAUUUUUCAUUUCUCAAAUGUGAAUACAUCAGAUGUAUGUGACACCUUCAGUUAAGCUAUCAAAAAUAUUUGUAAAAACGUUUUUUGAGUUUGAUUAAAACUCAUCUCCUGCCUUCAAGUGUUGUUUAAAGUUUCAUUAAUAAACGAUCUCAUUGACAAUCCCUGUUUUCAGAGACUGGUUGAAACUCUGGGCUGUGACGAUGUGGAAGUGAGAAGGAGACUGUCAGAGAUGACACGUCGCAUCACUGUGCUCAGAGUCAAUGAGAAGGCUCUUACGCGUCGAUUCACAACCAUGGAAGAAAUUGAAACACAGCUCAGAAGGGUGAGCUCUGAUUUCAGUUUGUUGAUGUUGUUCAAAAAAAUUGACAAUUUUAUAUUAUUUUAUACAAUUGCACAUUUUCCAAUUAAAGAAACAGGCACAGAAGUAUCAGUCACCAAACUCUUUAUUUUAUUUUCUUGAUUAUUGUAGUUUACUUAGAGAUUGUUUGAUACAAAAAUUAGAGAGGAAAUAAUAUUGGAAUUUUUACAUACAGUUCUCCAAAUAGGUUUGUGUCACUUCCGUCAAAGAAAGUCCUCACUUGAGUAAUUUGAGUCUAACUUUUACUGAAGUCAUCAAAGAAUUUAUAUCUUGUACAUUGUGUUCAUACAGCUGCACUCAAAUGUCUAAGAAUAAAGUACAUUGAGUGAAAUUGGAAUUAAAGUGGUGAAAAGUCAGAUCUGUCUUGAUGGUUCUUGUGUGUUUAAAAAAUUGAGAUGUAUAACUUUACACUAAUUUGAUUUUCUAGGAAGUGGAUCGACAACGUAAUGAAAUUGGCCAGAUGGAAACUGCAGUGUCAGAAAGGAUUGGUUACCUCCAGCGAUACAAGGUAAAGUUUGCCAUAAUGGUAGGCCAGGAUAGAAGGUAAAACUUAUCAUAGAUGUAAGUCAGGAUACAUAUUUUUAUUUUUUUAAUAUGUUUUAGCGUUCAGAGAAAACAAGUUUUUUUUACAUUCAAACAUAUUCUCCACAAGUCCCUCCUGAAUGCAUGUAAGACAUAUUGGAAGCUUAGCACCUUAUGACAGGGCCAUAUUUUAUAAUGGAAUGCAGUGAUUAGUUUCACAUAAAACUGUUUUUGCACUCUUUCACCCAUUCUAUAUACUUUUAUAGAUUUGCAUAUUCAAAUUACUUUUAUCAGCAAAGGUAAUCAAAUGCUAAACUUAUUAUCAUUUGUUUUGUCAUUCAUUAUGCUUAUUUUUUCAGGACAUGGCAGCAUUUAAGAUUGCCGCCCUUCAAAAGGCCUUGGAGGAUUCCGUACCCUCAGCUGACCUAGAAAAAGUAAACAAACAGUACCACAACCUGACAGAGAAAUACAGGGACAUGUUAGAGAAGGGAAACACGCUGGUCUCAAAAGCUGAAGCACUGGAAGGACUGGAGGUAGUCCAGUUUAAUGACGUUCAUUUCAUCUGUCAUUUUUGUCAUGAAUGUACUUGAGUAAUUUCUGCCCAACGCAAGGGACACAGUUUCAUUUACUCUUUAACAUAGGAGUUAUUUUAAACACUGUCAAUCAUUGGGCGCCUAAUUUCAUACUGUGCGGCUAUCAUGAAUCAAAGACAGAAGAUAAUGAUCUGUUUUUGUUGUGUUCAUAUUGAUUUUUUCUCAAACAUUUGACAAUCAUUCUGUGCAUACUUAUUUCUUUUAUUUGAAAUAGACAGUUUGAUAUAAUCAUUUGAUAUAUUUGAUAUAUUAUUUGAUAUAUUACUGGAUUAUUUGAUAUAUAAUUUGAUAUUCAUAAUAAAAGUCCUUUGCAGCAUUUAAGUAAAUUUUAAUUACAAUUUUUUUUUCUUUUAAAAAAGCCCUCAAGCGGAUGGUUCAAUGUUGAAUCAUAAAAUUAAUUGGCUAAUGUCAUAUUUUCCAGUCUGAGGUGAAACAACUAACAGAGGACAAUGAAGUGUUAAAGAAAACUCUAGAAAUGGAGAAAGAAAAGCUGCAUGCCUUUGAGGCAGCCAUGGAAGAGUUACAUAGACGAGGUCAGUAUCCAAAACCUGAUCUGUUCUUCUCUUUCUUUAGACAAGUUGGAAUUAGUUAUCAUCCUUUGAGGUGCAUAAUUUAAAUUUGCAUUUUUUUUUUUCAAAAUUAAAUUAACCCAAUAAAAAUUAAAUAUUUUGCUAGUGGGUCAACAAUUUGUUGGAUUAUGUGAACAGGCAUUAUGUCACAGGGAAAUUAAUUUUACUGAUUUUUUUUUUUUUAUUCAGGUGUAACAUCUGGUUCUGAUGUGACUGUGACUGAUGGAGACAUUAUUUCCAUUUCCAAGAAAAUCACAAUGUUGGAAAUGAAGGAGCUGAAUGAGAGGCAAAGGGCAGAGCACUCUACUCACAUGUACCAGCAGCAGAGGCAGAUCUUACAUGACCUAGAGAGCAGAAACAAAGAGUUGGAGGAAAAAUUUGCCGAGGUGUGUGAACAUAUCAUAACAAAAUUAAUUAAGAAAAAAACUGAUGCAUCCCAAAAUAUCUUUGCAUCAAUCCUUCAGCAUCAUCUUAUCUUUUUUUUAAAUGUGAAGUAUCCCACAAUACUCUACAGUAACAUUUUAGAGAAAUUUCUAUUAUGGCAAGCUUUUAUGGGGCUCUUUUCUUAACAUAUUUCUCCACUCUCUACCUUUCUGAAACUUGAACCCAUCAAAAGCACUCAACAGCUUUGAACUUGAUGUUUUUUUUAAUUAUUUUUUUUUCUCAGUAACGGAAAACACGAAAAUUCCAAAUUAAUUCCUGUAUUCAAUGCUCAUUUAUUUAACCGGAUGCAAUUUUUUUUUCACAGGUGACCAAAAUGAAUCUUGAAAUGCAGAAGAUCGAAAGAGAUCUAAGGGAUGAAUUAAGCAGUAAGUUAGUAUUCACCACAUUUUCAUGUAUUAUUAAAUUGUUGUUUGAAGUUUGAAUAAUAAAAUCUCUGUUGUCUUGUUGAGAUGACAUUAAUUGUUCAAUGCUCAACUCCUCAGACUCUGUGACUAAAAGUAUCAGUGAUGCAGACAGGAAAAGAAUUUCUGUUCUUGAGGAAAAUGAGCUGAACCUUAAACAAGAGAUAUCAAAGUUGAAGGUAACCUGACUAAAAUAUGUAGACCUGCUGCAUCUUUCCAAAAUACUGUUAUUGGCAUUUGUUUCCCUACAGAGACUGAGAGAGCUGCAUUGUGAUCUGGGAAAAAUUAAGUUUUAAAUUUCAAAUAAGUUGUUAUUUCAUGUUUUGUAUUGACUGCUGAAAAAGGCAUUAAGCCGAGACAUCCUUUUAAUUGUUCUGUCUUUUUCUCAAGCUUAAACAUAUCUUGUUCCACUAUUAAUUUACUAUUUUUUACCAAUUUUAAAAAAAAUUCUAUUGUUCUAUUAAAAAUGGAAACGAAUAAGAAUAAGUAAAAAAACAAAGUAAAUAAGGACAUUUUAUUCAGAUUUUCUGUAUUAUAUUUUUUUUAUUGUAAAAUUUCAUUUCAUUCUGACUGUCUGAUAUUUGAGUUAAUAUAAUUGUGUCUCAACAAAUGCUUAUUUAAAUUGAGUUACUCUGCACUGUUCAACCAACCACCUUGCAUACAAAUUGGGGGGAGCGUAACAUAUGUUGAUUAAACACAAGUCAUUCUUGACCAUCUGAAACACUAUGUAACUAUGUAAAGAGAUGAACAUAAAAUUGUUCAAGUGAAUUUCAUCUCAUGAAUAUUUAAAAGAUAAACACUUAAGCUGAUUAUUACAACUUAAAAACUCCAGGAAAUGUCAGAAAUAGCAGGCACCCAGGUGAGAACCCUGGAGACACAGCACAUUGCCCGGGAGAAGGAGUAUCAGUCUUUACGGCAGCAGCUUUUGGACUUUCAAGUCCAGAGUGAUGAGAAAACUAUUAUUGGUAGGUUUGUUGCUUUGAUAUUAUUACUGCGUGGACAGGUCUAUGAUUGUUGCUUUGGUAUCCUUACAACAUGGACAGCUUUUUGUUAUUUUUGUUGUUAUUUUGCUAUUAUUGUAUUGUUCUUUAACCCACGAACUGUGGUUUGCAUCAUUCUGUGGUGUGGAGCUUUUCAGAGCGUUUUGAGUGUCAUUUGAAAUUGCAUUAAAUGACAUAGAAAUAUUGAUACAAGACCCCUAUAAGUAUAUAUUUUUAGAAAGGUAAAUGGAUGAGGAUGAAGUUGGCCAUAUUGCCCACCCAGUAAAAAAAAAUUUCUCAGUGUCCUUGACCUUGGAGUUCUCAAGAAAAAAAAAAAUCGACAAAAUGUCUUGCUUUCAAGUGCUCAUGACAUCAUUAAUUUUUAUAGAUAUACUUAAAACACGAAUCUAAAUGUUGUAGCCAAUUUAUUUAUCUUUCAUAAAACAUUUAGUUUGUUAAGGUUUUGAUUGCAAUGAAACCUGUGAAAGCAAUUUUAGUAAUUUUAGGUCAUUUAUAUAAGAAACUGGGACCACUGCUAAAACCAAGUACAAAAUACAAAAUCUCAGGAAAAAUAGUUAUUAUUGACUAGUAAACAUUUAAAAAGGAACUGUGGAACUGAUUUGGGUUGUUUAGCUAUAAAAUUUAUUAGUUCUGAACUAUAAUCUGUAGAUUCUGGGACUAAAAUUCAGUCAGUCAUUGCCCAACCUCUGGGCUGGGCUCGAAGUCUAACAGUAGCCUCAAUAGGCUUACUUCAGUAUCACUAAGACUAGUAUAAAAUUCAUGAGAAGAAUAAUCUGAACUGAUAUCAGCAUGGGGAAUGUUAAAAUCAUCAUCAAUAUCACUUAAAACCUCUCCUAAAAAGCUUUCAAACAUAUUUCUAUUAGUUCUUGCACUGAAGGCCCAGCCAUGGCUUCAACCUUUUUAGCUUUUAAAAAAACAGCGAUAUAAAACUCUGAUUAAAAGGUAUAUAUUUUCAAGUUAUCACGAAACAGCUUGAACCGGAAGAUGAUUUAAUUAUUAAUAAAAGGAAGUGGCUAUAAUUCCGUUUAAAUAUUGGAUUGGAAGUUACUAUCGGACCGGCUUUUUUAUCGGCCGAUUGUUUUCUGCCGCCACAGUACAGAACGAGAAAGUUUGCCAAUUUUUUCGGCCGACCACAGUUCGUGUGUUAAAGCACAUCUAGUGAGACAUUGACUGUUACAAGUUUGGGGUUUGUUUUGUUCUGUUUUUUUAAUUGCUUUUCUUAAAUGGUUUUUUGUUCUUUGAUAAGGUUUUUUCCAGAUUUGUUUCUUAUUUAUGGCAUUCCAUCCCCCCUUACCCACCAUAUCUAUGGCAUCCCAUCCCCCCUGACCCACCAUAUCUAUGGCAUUCCAUCCCCCCUGACCCACUAUAUCUAUGGCAUCCCAUCCCCCCUGACCCACCAUAUCUAUGGCAUCCCAUCCCCCCUGACCCACCAUAUUUAUGGCAUCCCAUCCCCCCUGACCCAUCAUAUCUAUGAGAUUUCAUCCCCCCUGACCCACCAUAUCUAUGGCAUCCCAUCCCCCUUGACCCACCAUAUUUAUGGCAUCCCAUCCCCCUGACCCACCAUAUCUAUGACAUUUCAUCCCCACUGACCCACCAUAUUUAUGGCAUCCCAUCCCCCCUGACCCACCGUACUUAACUUGCACACCUCAUCUACAGGUAUUAACCUUUUUCUUUUCCUAUAUAUAUAUAUAUAUGUACAGUAGAUAUAUUAAUUUUAUACAGAAAAAAUAGAUUUCUAAUUGUUUAUUUACACAUUAUAAUUUUGCUCUAAAGGCAAGCUGCAUCGCCACAUUGUACAGCUCCAAGUCAGCGAGGGCUCGGCUGUGAAACGCCUGGAAGAAGCCCAGAAGAAGGUGACAAAGCUAGAGGCUCAGAUCCUCAGGAUGGAGCAGAGAGUGGACGACAAGGAGCAAACCAUAUACCACACCAGACAGGAGGCCCAGGGUAAAGCAAGAUACCUCAGAAGGUCACUGCAGGUAGGACCAGAGGCCUUUUUGAUGAAUCAUAACUUGUAAUAAGUAGAUGUGAAGGAGAAGGAACCAUAACUUACAUGGUACUCAAGUGUUGGUUAGAUACUUCAUUACAACAUCUCUUCCUAGAUAUAUUACAUAUUUCUAUAUAAUCUCUUUCUGGGACCAGAUUAACUUAUAGCUCACAAUGUAUGCUAUUUGUCCAUUUUGAGUUCUUUACUCUAUUGGGUAUCAUAAAUAUUUUUUUCUGCCAUAUAACAAUAACAUCAUAAUUUCAGUUGAGUUAUUUGAAUGAAAUAAAUAUUUUCAGGAACUCCGUAUCCAGUUUGCUGGAGCUGUGCCUUUGUCCAAACAAGAAAAGUUUUCAAGAAACAUGAUUCAGUUACAACAUGACAAAUCCAAACUGGAAAAAGAACUCAGAGAGGUACUUUUUUAAAAUCAGUCUUUUGUACUAAAUAUAUGGGCCAAUCCAGGAAUUUUCUUAUUAUAGUCAUACAAGAGCCACCGAAUUUUAAUUUGUCAAGCCACUCCACAAGUAUAACCUUAAAAGGUAUUGUUUUAAAAUAAGGAAUUCAAAUUAGCUACAUAUCACCUGAAUUUUUAAUUAUUUAAAACAAAUUAAUGGGCUACAAGUUUAACCCAUGAACUACCAAGAUCAAAGGUUAAAUUCAUGAACUACCAGGAUAAAAAUUUUAACUCACUACAAGCUGCUGACAAUAUCUUGUAAACAACCACUUAGUCAAAGUGUGGCUCCCAACACCAAAUAAUGACCAAUGUAUAAUUAUACCACAAAAUUUUUUUUUUAAUCUGUCCAAUCCCAGCUAUUGCUAUUUUCAUAUUUAUAUAAACAAAAGAUGUUUCAAAUUUCUAAAUAUAGCUUUUAAAGCCACAGAAAAUAUUUUUUUUUUUAAAUUGUUUUUUUUCAAAAUGAGUGAUGUUAUGCAUUACACUCACUGCAGGGCUGGCCAACCCAAAAGGCUUUUCGGGGCACUUUGAGCAAGUCAAUCUUUCACAGGCCGGAUUUUGUUAUACUUUAUAUUAUAAUAUUAAAGUUAACAUUCACUAAAUGCUGUAUAGAAAUGUUUAUCAAUUCUAAAUACUCACAAUGAAAUGCUAAACAAAACAAAAAAAAUUAAAAACUUAACUAAUUUGAAAUCAUUUUAUCUUUCCUCUCACUCACCUGUUUUAAAAUAGAUUUAAUUUGUCUAUUGAAUGAAAAAGAAAUAAGUUUAUUUGGGAUCAUUAAGGCAUUCCCACACCAAAGUAUUUGACAAGGCAGGCCGUAUACAGCCCCGGGGUUGGCCAACCAUGCCCUACAGAGUAGAGGAUAAUAAAACCAUUCAAUGAAUUGAGUAGUGAUGAAUAUACUAAUAGAGAUUUCAAGAUGUAAUUUUUUUUUUUAAUUACAUAUUUGGAAGCCUAUGGAAGUUCACAUUUAAAAGAAAUAUUUUUUUUUUUAAUUUCCAAUCCAUCAAAUAUUUUUAUUACGAAGAAAAACUCCUGCUGAAGUACAUUUAAAUAUUUCAAUUAAUUAACUUUAAAACAAGACAAGAUUUAAUAAGUUAAAAAUUAAGUAUAUCUUAUGAUUCUAAACUUACUUACCAUGUAACUAGCCAACCAAAAAGUUAAUUCUUUCUCAACCUUUCUUCCUUUUCGGAGCAAAUAACGGGACUUUAGUGGUCAAUUUGUGUUUUUUUGCAAUCCUAGGCCGGAUUGAUGAUGAGAUUCAUGUACAGAUUAUGUGACAUGGUUCACAGUUUGAUUAAGUUCUCUGUAUUGUCUCCCCUUGUUAGACGCGUGACAACAAGGAGGAGAUGGAGGACAAACUGGCGGCUCUGUCACUACAGCAGACAAGUCUCCAGGAACUGAUAGAAACACUAAAAGAUGGGAGGGGGGCCCAGAAGGUGGCCGAGUGGCAUUCCAAGAUUGAUGGGAUCCGCUUGGAUGAGCUGAAGCAGCGGAGAACAAGUGCCAAGCUGCUGCAGAAGGUAAUGUACACGUCUUGAGUGGCUCUGAAAAUAUAAGAUCUUUAGUGGGUGUAAAAAUGUAAGUCUUUAGUGGGUGGGAAAAUUUAAGUCUUUAGUGGGUGGGAAAAUAUAAGUCUUUAGUGGGUGGGAAAAUAUAAGUCUUUAGUGGGUGGGAAAAUUUAAGUCUUAAGUAGGUAGGAAAACCUUGUCUUAACAAAUAAUCAUAUGUUAAGUCAGAAUGUGCCAAAUUUGUUGGUGAUCUUAGGUCUUGUCUUGAGACUUUGUAAAAUUAGGUCAGAUAAUGUGAUUUAUUUUGCUAAUGUUUUACCUGGGUCAUGACAUAUUUGAAAGUUGUUAUGUGUGUUGCUCUGUCAUAUUUGCCUUGGUAGAUUUGAUGCGAAAUUGCAAUUAUUCUUUAAUUUUACUAAUCAUUUUCAUCUUUUUAUUAUGUUUAAAAUUAUUUAAUUAUUUUUAAUUACAAUGCAUGUCAUUAUUUAUUUAUUUUUUACUGUUUGAAAUGGUGCACACAUUUUUUUUAUUUCCCAUAUUUGCUGCAGUGAUGUCAGAAACUAAAAUUAAAAGCCUUUUUUUCCCCUCUCUCUGUUCUCUGAAUUACAUAGGUCAAGUAUCUAGAGGAGAUCAUAACAUCCCAUGAAGUGACCAUCUCUGAACUGGAGGCAGACAACGUCAGAAUGAUCAAGGUUUGUUGUGACAUUGAUGUGUUGUUUUUUUACCCAGUCUUACUAUGUUGUUUUUUUUUCAACUCAUUGAUUGGUAAAUGUGAAUACGCCACCGGGCCUCCCUAUUUCAUCUUUGAUUGGAUUUAUUACCACCAGGAUUACGAGGAGAAGCAGAUGAGAUGGGAGCUGAGAGAAACAGAACUAGAGAGAACCAUACUCACCAUGGAGAAACACACAGCAGAGAUUGCUGGGGCUGCAUCUAAAGUAAGUUUUUUUACAUCUUCACAUCCUCCUGUCAAGUGAUGUUUCAUUUAUUUAUUCUAUUGCCAAGAGUUUUUUUUAGAAGUACCGUAUGCUGAGUGUUUGCUUCUAUUUUGUUUAGAGAUGAUUAUUCUCAUUAAGUCUCCUAAUCAGACAUAAUAUUCAACUAAUGUGACAUUUAGCUUUAUGUCAGAGACACAAACAUGUAAAAGAAACAAGUUCUUAGUAACAGUGUGAACAUUUGUCCACAGUUUGAACAGGCCAUCGGUUCACUGCCCAACGCCAAGCUGCCUGUCGCCAACCAACUGGAACAGGCAAUUUCAACCAUCAAGGGCAACGUCAAGAUCAUUCUAGACACGCAGGCUGAGAACAAGUCUCUGAAAUCAGUAGGCACACAUUAUGCUAUUUUUUGGCCGCUUAUUUGGCCCUCUAAUCUUCUUUCUUUCAUUGUAAUCAGGAUGAAUACAACAAUGUUACUUCUAGCAAAGCUUCAAGUUUAUUAAAAUUGGAAAAGACUUUUGAAAUUGUGCAACUUAUUCAUUCUUUUAAAUUACCAAAAUACUAGAUGAUUAUAUAUUUCUUGGUGCAAAUUGAAAUUCUUAUAUAAGGUGUAGAGUUAAAAGGAUUUUUGUUUUACGUAUGUGGAAACUUAAUUGCCGUUAUUUUUAAAUUUCAUGCAACCUUUAAAAAUUUUAGAAUAUGUAUUUGAGUUUCAUAAUUUAAUGAUUGCAAUAAACGGAAAUCUUGUAAGAAAUUUCAUGAAAAGGUUGACAAGCUAACAACGAAUGAAAUUAUUGCUAUAUUUUAGAGAAAUCAAGAACUUGAAAAACAACUGCGUGACUCUGAGCGUGGUGUCAUAGAAAGGGACAAACUGAUAUCUGAGUUGAGGCUACGCAUGCCAGCAACAGCGGACAGAGAUGACAUCAUCGUCAAGGCCCAAGCCAAGGUGACCCAGGCCAUUAAGAAAGCCGAGACCAACGGACUGGACUACGAGAGCCAACAAGCUCUGAAGAUUGCUCAGAGCACUGUCCACAGUCUACAGGUGAGUUCGCUUGUCAGCAAUCUUUAAAUUCUAUUUCCGAAUGGGGCUCUCCAGUGUCUAUGACCUGUUUUAGGAAAAAUGGUACAUGAGUUCACGCUAGAAUUAGAAUUCAAGAAAUAUUUGAAUAAUUUUAGAUAUUAAGUUUUCAUAAAAUCACAAAAGAAAUGUUUGAUUUUCCAAGCACCAGAUUAGAAUGAUCUCCAAAUUAUAGCAUCAGAUUUAAAAAACUUAAAAUAUUUGGAAAUAAAAUGUCUAAGUGUAGUUUAAUUUGUUAGAGCUUCCCAGUGACGGUAAAAAUGUUUGAUCCACAGCAACGAAUCAACCAAAAAGACGAGACCAUUGCCAAGUAUAUGCACUUGCUGAAGCAAGGACGAGAGGACAUGGUGGACAUGAACAGGAGGCAUGAGGAGGAGCUGAGGGCCAUGCAGCACAAGAUUCAUGUCAACACCGACCUGGCCUUCAGCAAGUUCAAGGAUGCUGCCCGUGAGCUCAUUAACAAACAAUCGGCAACAAAGACAGUCACUGCUCAACAGGUACAUAAAGAAAGUGAUGGAAUCUUAUUUUUUACAUUGACAUUUCUUUAACUAUACACCAUGAAUACAUAAAAGAUAUUAACUUAAAAUAUAAAAUAUAAUCAUUUAUAAAGAUUCAAAAUGAGAUAUCUUAACAAGCUCUCUAUGAAUUUUUGCGAGUAUCACUUUUAAAAAUGUUUUUGUAAUGUGUCAUUUGUCUUUAUUUUGUUGGGUGUACUUUAUUCUGUAAUAAUAAUGUCUGUAUGCCCUUUGUGACUGGUUGUACAUGUGUUUGCCCUUUGUGACUGGUGGUAUAUGUAUAUGCCCUUUGUGGCUGUUGGUACAUGUAUAUGCCCUUUGUGGCUGAUGGUACAUGUAUAUGCCCUUUUUAGCUGUGGUAUAUGUAUAAGCCCUUGUGACUGGUGGUACAUGUAUAUGCCCUUUCUGGCGAUGGUACAUGUAUUCGCCCUUUGUGGCUGGUGGUACAUGUAUAUACCCUUUGUGACUGUAGUACGUGUAUAUGUCCUUUUUAGCUGUGGUAUACGUAUAUGCCCUUUGUGGCUGGUGGUACAUGUAUAUGCUCUUUACAGCUGUGGUAUAUCUAUAUGCCCUUUGUGGCUGGUUGUACAUGUAUAUGCUCUUUACAGCUGUGGUAUAUCUAUAUGCCUAAUAUGGCUGUGGUACAUGAAUAUGCCCUUUGUGGUUGUUGGUACAUGUAUAUGCCCUUUGUGGCUGGUGGUACAUGUAUAUGUCCUUUGUAGCUGUGAUAUAGGUAUAUGCCUUUUGUGGCUGUGGUACAUGUAUAUGCCCUUUGUGGAUGGUGGUACAUAUAUAUGCCCUUUGUGGAUGGUGGUACAUGUAUAUGUCCUUUGUAGCUGUGAUAUAGGUAUAUGCCUUUUGUGGCUGUGGUACAUGUAUAUGCCCUUUAUGGAUGGUGGUACAUAUAUAUGCCCUUUGUGGCUGUGAUACAUGUGGAUGCAUUUUGAUUGAAGAGUGUUAAAAUUUUGGAACCAUAUUUAAUAUUAGACACUGUUCAUAUGUCCUCUCAACACUGCUAGUUUUGAUCACAGUGUUCCUACUGGCUGGUCAGUUGUUUGUGGUUAGCCGUGUCCAGUAAACCAACCAUAGAAGCAUCACAUUCAGUAUGGUAAAAAUAAUUGUUUUUGUUUGAAAAUGUCAGCUGGACAGAUUGAAUGAGCUGGAAGACACGGUCGCUGAACAAGAGAACACAAUUGCUGCUCUACACGACAAGAUAAAACAGAAGGAAGCCGAGUACCUCAAGUUGCAGGCCAGUCUGUCUGUCUUGAACAAGAAUGUCAAAUCUGAAACAAACAGGUAUUAACCUCAUCUCUGUAAAGACAUUUUUAAAAAAAAAUCUCUAUCAAAUUUGUACAGCAAAGCUUAACUGGAAUGUUACUUAGAUAUGAUUUGAAUAAGUCAAUGGUUAUUUUAUGAAUAGAAAGUUUUACUGACUGGAUUUGGAAUAGAAAGUUUUACAGACUGGAUUUGGAUUAGAAAGUUUUCCUGACUGGAUUUGGAUUAGAAAGUUUUCCUGACUGGAUUUGGAAUAGAAAGUUUUACUGACUAGUUUUAGAAUAUAAAGUUCUAUUGAAUGGAUUUAGAAAAAAUGGUUAUUAGCUCCUUGAAUGUAUAAUUUAAAAAGGGAAAUCUGAACAUUGCUAUUUUUAAAUAUUACCGAAUCAAUAAUCACUGUCUAAACAACGCAGUGGUCAUAUUUCACCCGGGUAAUAAUUGUUUUAACACCCACUCUUUCAAUUACAUUUCUUUAAAAAUACUUUGUGAUAAGUGAGGGAACCCGGCACUAUGGUUAGUUCACUCUUUGAAGUGUGUUCUUUUCACCAGCCGAAAAAGCUAAAAUAAAACUCACAAUAUUUGAACCACACAAUUUUCACUAAAAUACACAAUAUUACCUCUGAAGCCCACAACGUUGUAAUGAAAAAUGCAUGUUAUUGCCACUUAAACCCACAAAAUUGUCACUGCAACCCAAUUUUAUCAUGACACCUCUGACAGACUGGCAGAGCAGCAAAGUCAACUUCUGGGUAAGAAAGAAAACGAGAUUGACGUUGUCUCACGAGAGAACCAGGAGCUCCGGAAAGAGGUGAAGCUGAUGCAGGAAGAAAUAGAGGUGCUCAAAGAAUCUCACCAGAGAGGGCCAUCUGCCACAAUGAAGAACAUGGUGGAGAGAUUGAAGAACCAGUUGGCACUGAAGGAAAAGCAACAUCAGGUAAAGACCUGCUAGAUAAACAUCAGGUAAAAGACCGUCUAGAUAAACAUCAGGUAAAAGACCGUCUAGAUAAACAUCAGGUAAAAGACCGUCUAGAUAAACAUCAGGUAAAAGACCGUCUAGAUAAACAUCAGGUAAAGACCUGCUAGAUAAACAUCAGGUAAAAGACCGGCUAGAUAAACAUCAGGUAAAAGACCGGCUAGAUAAACAUCAGGUAAAAGACCGGCUAGAUGAACAUCAGCUAAAGAUCUGCUAGAUAAACAUCAGGUAAAGAUCUGUUAGGUAAACAUCAGGUUAAGUUCUGCUAGAUCCAUUUCAUGGUGGUUUUAUUAGCGACUGUUACCUAAACUUUAUGUUUAAAUGAUAUUGUUUUUUAAAGUUCAGGGUGCAGGAAACUUUUCUUUGACUUCAGUAAUUAUUAUUUAUAUAACAAUGUACUUUUAAGUGAGAUUCUAUUAAAUCACAGAGUCAUGCCGCUUUAAGGAUGGCAAAGUUCAAAGUCUUAAUUCAUGAAUUAGGGAAAUUCUGUGGUUUUAUCUCUUGCAACAUGUCUAUUGUCGGGUCCAGAGCUGUAACUGAUGUGUACAUUUUUCCCCAGCACCAAUGUAAAAGAUUUUCUUUAACAACUUUUAUUUUGUGACUAUUGAAAAUCAUAAGAAGCCCUUUUCUACACAGUAAUGAUACGAAUUUUUUUUUAAUUUUAGGCCCUAAGCAAGGCCUUGAGUGACCUAAGGGCAGACAUGGUCAAUCAAGCCCAGGAAAAUGUCCAGAUCCACGCUCAGGAAACUUCCCAGGAGAAGAACAUUCAAAAGCUGAUCAAUGAACACACCAAGGAGAUCUCUGUGAGUUUUUGUUUUAGAUCGUUCUCCAUCCUUGUGAUUUGUCUUGUGUAAACAACUGCAUCAAAGAAGAUCUAUUAAAAUGAUGUCUCCCAACGUCUUUGAAAGUCCAUUAAUAAAGGUUUAGAAUUGAACCAUAUGGUUAAUGUUUUAUCGUGCUACAGGAAAAACUAGAAGAGCAGCAAACUUUGGCCGACAGGCUGAGAAAAGAACUGAAAAAGAGGAAAGAAGAGGAGAGCACUCUGCAGACAGAACUGGAGGAUGUGAAAGAGGAACUCAGUAAGUUGAUGGCUGGCUUCAGUCAUUUUACAAAGUUAGGAACAAUUCAGGGGAAAAAUAGUUAUUUAUCUUUUGAAAUAUAGCAAAAUUAUGGAACAGCGUAUAUAAUGCUAUUGUCAAUAAAACUCUUUACUUACAUUACGAAUGUCUCUCAUUCUAUUAUGAUAGUUGACAUCUAGAGUUUUACUUCUGUUUUGUCAUCAGAUAAGAAAGAGAGAACAGUGGACAAACUGAAAGCCACCAAGACCCGGCUAGAACAGGAAGUAGAUGAUUUGGAGAAGAAGUUGGAGAAGAUUAGUGCAGCAAGGUCACUGGUGAGUGGUUGGCUCGGUUGUGGCAGUAGUUGACAUGGUUGUGAUAGUGGUUGGCAUGGUUAUUGUAGUGGUUAGAAUCACUUUGGCGUGAGGUGUCAGAUUUAAAAAAAUAUAAAUGAUGCAAAACUUGAAAGCUUGUUUUAAAAAGUUUAAAUAUUUGUCAUUGAUAACCAGUUGCGAUAAUUCCUUCAGCACCACCACACCCCACCACCCCAAAGAAUUAAUUCUAAAUUGUGUUGCUUUUUUUGAAAACAUGAUAUAAAUAUUUUUUUCUUGCAAGUUUCUAUUGGGUUUUUAAAAAACUAAUGUUUCCUCUCCACCAUUUCAUAUCACUCAACUGAACAUGUCAGUUAGUAAUGGAGGUCCCUUGAGGACCUUUUUAUAGUGCAAACCCUGAAUUUUUUUAUUCUUUAAAGAAAACUGGGGACUUUGAGAAACAGCAGGAGCUUGAUGACAUGAGACGAAAAUGUCGAGCUCUAGAAGAACAGCUGAGUAGACAGCAUGCGGCAGAGAAGCCGUACGAGCAGAAGGAAGAAAGAACAAAGGUCAGUCCUGACAAAAGAAGUAGACUAGUUCUUCAAAUAACAGUAGCAGAACUUUUCCUCUACAUUUAUGAAAAAAAAAUUAAUAUCUAUGAUCUACAUAUAAGAUUUCAUUCAUUGUUGACAUUCUUCUGAGGACUUAUCACUAUUUAUACAAUCUAAUGCUGUUUUCUUUUGUUGAUGCAGUUAAAAAAUUAUUUAAAUGUUGUUGGAGCAAUGGCACAUGAAACGAUAACCCUGUAUGACGUGUUGUGUAGUUCUCUAGCAACCCUUUGGACAUUGUCCUCAUAUAAUUCUUGGUAAUGUCUCCUCAUGGGAUCUUUGGGACAUUGUCCAUAUAAUUCUUGGUAAUGUCUUCCCAUGGGAGCUUUGGGACAUUGACCUCAUAUAAUUUUUGGUAAUGUCUCCUUAUGGGAUCUUUGGGACAUUGUCCAUAUAAUUCUUGUUAAUGUCUUCUCAUGGGAGCUUUGGGACACUGGCCUCACACUCGUCUUUAGAUGAAUAGAGUUUGUUGAGAUGUAAAUUAAAAAUGAAUUUUUUCAAUUAAAUCAAAUAUUUUAAGUCAUGAAAUUAAAGUGUAAAAAGCUGCAAGUACUUUUUUGGGGAGAAUCAUAUUUGGGCCCCAAACAUUUAAGUAUGCAAUAAACCUUUUUAUUUUUUUGGAAUUAAUCUAAUUUUGUGUUAUAAACAGCAUAAUUAACUACAUAGUAUCCCACUUGAAUUGUUUUAAGUCCCAGACAUGAAUGAUAAACAACUCUGUCCUAAUCCAUGACUUUGUACAAUUUGAAAACUGGACUCCCCUAACUUGAGUAUAAUGUUAAUAAAUCCCCGUUUCUUCCUCACCUUAAAGAAUGAAGACACUAUCCGCUGGGAGGAGAGCAAGAAGUGGCAGAGGACCAUUGAAAAAAUGAAGCUGAAGAUCAAAGAAAAAGAUGUGGAGAUUGAGAAUUUGAAUGGUACCAUCAACAGGCUGAAGGCCACUCUAGAAAGGUUGGUCUGUUGUGGUGCUUAAGUAUAUAGAGCAAAAGAACAGCAACAGUUCAGCUCUAAGCUUUAAUGUUUAUCUGUUGAGGUGAGGUUUCUUCUGUCCACACACUUUGAUUGAUGUCAUUUUUUUGGAUUAUAAAUUUUCCAAUAUUGAUGAUACAGUUUGUUAUUAACAGCUGACUAAUCAUACAAAUGUGACCAAUCUCCUAUCUUCUUUUUAAUGACUGUGUCUACUAUGCUUUAAGAGAACUCAUUUAAGUUUUUCUAUCAUUUUACCAACUUUUUCAUUUGUGGUAAGUUGAUGUUAGUUACUAGAUUUAAAGUGAAUCUUAUCAAAAGACUUGUAUCAGGUCAUAUCAGGUCAACUGAGUACUCAUUGAUAAAACAACAAUUAUUUGUUUCAAAUCAAAAUGUACAUUUUUGUUCAACUUGAGCAUAAUUCCUGUUUCAUCAUAUUAUAAGGUUUUGUUUGUGUUUUAUCAUUGUUAAAGAAAUGGUUUAUUUUGUUAAAUACUUCACUUCAAGAGCCUCAUUCUUUCAAAAGCUAGACCUAUGUUUAACCUUUGACCCAGUUUCAUUCCCAAGUCCUGAUCAAUAAUUAUGGAUUUUCCCUGACACAGGUAUACUAGAGCCACUAUAAAGUAUAGAUACCAUGUAUUGAUUUUCUUCGAGGUCAAAGUUCAAAGGUUUCUAUUUUCCCUGUCCUUCUUCCUUGUCCAAGCUUGUUUUAUUCUGGUGUGUUGUGUGUAGAACAAGAAGACAAGUCUACACAGCAUGUUCUAGUUGCAAAGUUACUUGGUUUCUUACAAUAUCUUGUUGUUUGUGCUGCAGUAGUUAAAAUAUGAAUGUGCAGAUAUUCUGUAAGGCUUGGAGACACAUCAAGGUUUGCUUUCACUGACUGGUAGUUGAUUUUUUAAAUUAAAGUUUCUUGCUUUCUUGUCAGCUUGUAUUAUUUCUUUACUACUAAGCUGUUAAUUUAGUCAGGCUUAUGACAAUAUUGGGGUAUACAGAAAUUAACCCUACAAACACACACACACACUUUUGAUGUUUUUAUAAAUAAGUUUGGAGUUUAACAACCCCCAUCAUUGGUUACUUAUUUCAUGGAAGGUCCCUUAGUUACUGAAAUUCUUUUUGUAUUCAAAUUUUGUUGCCGAUCUCUCGCGUUAUUUAGAAUUGCAAUGGUUUAUGUCUUGAUUAGAACCAACCGUGAGAAAGAGAUCCAGGUUCGUCCCCUACAGAAAACAUCAUCUCACACAUUAGGAGCAGUGCCACCUAGUGGCAGAUUGGAUCAUGAGAGGGAAGAUCUCAAGACAACCGUUUACAGGCAGCAGGAAGAAGUUAGUGCACUUUUCUUAAGUUGACGUUCUUAUCUUUUUUAAAAAUAAUUCUCUUCCCUAUUAUUAUUAUUAGAGGAAUCUCAAAAGUAUAGCAUUUUAGUUUUCAAGGUGGAGAGAUUCAAAAAAGCACUAAACCUCAUUACAUUUUAGUUGUGGCUCUGUCUUUACAUCAUAUGAAUGUUUUUUUAAUAAUGUGCUAGAUAAGGCUUUAUUUAUUUGAACAAUAUUUUUAUGUUUAAAUCUUAAAGGAACAUAUUUUUUUUCCAUUGUUUUCUUUUAACUUUGUUUAAGCAGUUUUGUUUUGUUCUCCUUACUUACAAUAAAUACCUCAUUGAUAAAAUAAUCAAAAUAGUAGAGGAAUCUGCAGCAAAACAAUUUUCUACUCUAUUGAAUGAUGAUCGAAAUUGAUUCACACAGAUCCAGAAUUUAAAACGUCAGGCCAUGAUGAGCCAGGAUGCUGCCUUUGCUGAAGUUCAGCUGAGGAACCAACACCUACGGGAGCAACUGGAGCAAAUGGAGAGAGCAAUGGCAGCCAGACCCCCUGUAAGACAGGAGACUCUCUUUUUAUAUAACAGUAUUCUAAUUGUAUAUCAUAAGUAUAUAUUUGCCAAAAGAUGUGCAUGAUUAAAUAUUUUAACAUGACUUGGCAUACUUUGUUAUAUGCCCUCGAAAGAAUAUUCUUACCAUAUGGUAUUCCUGAGACUGGCUGGUCGGAGGCCAUCAAUAAACAAUGUCACCCAUCUGGGGAGGGGUCAUGACUUAGUAUUUCUUACAAAUUUGUGACAAUUUGGGGUUGGGAGGGGUAAAAAAAUUGCCAAAAUAGUGUGACAUCAUUUAUCGGUGGCCCCCCAAUGAGAAGAUGAAAAGUCACUUAGUUUAUUUUAUGUUUGCCAGGAUUCUGGUGUGCCUGCCGCUGAAUACCAAAAGUUGUUUGCUAAGAACCAGGAUUUACAGAGGGAAGUUCUGAGAAUGACUGAGGAAAAUAUGGAGCUGAGAUUUGAGGUGGAGGGAUCACGUAAAGACAUUCCAAGACUCAAGGUAGUUUCAAACCCAUUAUUAACUUUGCUUUUGUUUGUGUAUUUCUUUUUUUCUGGCUGUGUGUGUGGAAAAAUCUUCUGAAGUAAUUGACCCACUUCCCGUCAACCUGUCAAGCUGAAACAUGGCACAGAAACUUGUUUGCCGAUGACACCACAUUCUAUCAAGUUUUUAAAAAAGCUUGACUUGCAAGUAAAUUUUUAUAGCAUCUUAUGUGACUGUCAGCCUGACUUACCGCUGCCUGUAAAUUCGGGAGGCUAUAGCUGGUGCUAAUGACAGUUGAGUGUAAAUAUAAAAAUGUAUAUUUAAGCAUUUCAAUUAAAAUUAUGAUAUUUGAGUGUUCUCUACAACUCCUUUAACAGGAAAGAAUUGAAGACCUGCAAAGUUAUGUGGAUGCUCUAAAGUUUGAAAAUGGCCAGCUGGCUGGGGACUCUGCGAGAUCCAGUUUGUCGAGCAUUAAAAGAGUAAGUUUUUUCAUCUAAUAAAAGACGUCACAACCCAGAGAAACAUGUGUGUACAUCCUUGUGACGCCAAGCAUUAAAAGAGUAUGGUUUUUUCUGAUAGAACCCAGAGAAACAUGUCUGUCCACCAGCCUCUUGCUUUGGUUGUUUUUUAAAAAAAAUAUUUCUCAGUUGAAACUUUUCAAACGUUGAUUUCAGAUUGGAGAAAGCGGAAAGAGCCAGCGAGAGUUAGAGAAGACGAUAGCCCUGCUGAAGAAGGUGGUAGAGAGGGUCCAAGCGGAGAACACAGCGUUAAAGAAAGCCCCCGGUGUUGUUAGUCAGGAGCAGAUGAACUUGUUAAAACGAGAAAAUGAUGGGCUCAAGGUACAACAGCAUAACUUGUAACCCCUGCGUGAUGUAUGGAUGAAUAAACUCUUAUAUAAUAAUUGGCUAAUGUCAAGCGCUCAACAGAAUAUUUUGUUAUCAACAACACAUGUAAAUAGAGUAAUAACAGAGAUGUAAUUGUUUUUAAAAAAAGGAGUAAAAAUGGAAAUCGUCUUUACUUUAUUCCCAGCACCAGAUGGAGGAGAUGAGACAAGCCAUGGGGCUUGAGCUGAGUGACAGAUACACAGCACAACAGAAAGGGACAGCCAAGAUGGUGACUGACUUUGACAAGAUGAGAAAAGAAUUGGCCAAAGUAAGAAGAGGAGAAGAAGAAAAAAGAAGGGGGGGGGGGGCGAGGGGGAAGAAAUUUGCUAUCAUAUACGCUUUUUUAAAAACGGAAAAUGGCAGAAAUAAUUUAUUGUUUAAGAUCGAAUUUCUGUGUAUCUUUCUCAUCAGACAUGCUUAGGAAGAUUUAGAUUUAAACGAAACUCAAGGUUUUCUUAUCAAUUUUAAUCAAUUCCAGCUUUUUAAAGAAUUAUUUCAUAACAAGCUUUUUUUUUAAACUUAUUUUUAUGCUUAAAUAUUUUACUCCAGUUAGCUUGGUUGGAGAACAAACUUUUAAGUUGAAAUUAAUAGAAUACUUAAAGAAAAGCAAAGUCUUGCAAAAGCUACAGAGUUAUUCUUUAAGACUUUGCUAUUGUGUCAUUGAUAAAUUUGUUAAAGGAAAAAGAUGAAAAUGAAAAGCUGAGAAUGAAGAUCCGAACACUGGAAGUACAAGGGGAGCAUCAGGACAAAGAACUGAGGACCACUAAGACCAAACUGGAGGUGGAGUCAGCCAAGAAACCAAGUCUGGCAACUCUUGACUCCCAGGGAUGGAAGUCUGCUGUACAGACCAGAAUGUAUGAGGAGAAAAUUAAAGCAAUGGAGGUUGACCUGGAGAAAAAGGUAUGAGGUUGCCUUUCAAACUGUAUCUUUUAUAUAUUUUUAUGACUAUAGUAUUAUUUGUGGAUUACAUUAUUUGUUGUUUAUUAUAAUAUUAUUUUAUUUAAUUUUAUUAUCCUUUUGUUAAACUUGUCAUUGUGUCAUUUUUUUUUAAAUGGUGUUUUCUGAUUGGAGGUGUAAUUAUAAUAGUGAGAACUGUAAGUUACUUCUAACGAUGCCUGAAACAAUGCAAGUUAUAAUGAGGCUUAUCUAAAAACCUAACUGAUAAUUGGCCUCUUCUUUUUUUUAUUCUGUUUUUUUAAACAGGGCAAACAAGUGAAAGAUAACAGAACGUUGCUGAGAGAUGCCGCAGAGAGAGAACAAAACUUGAUCAGAGAAAAAGAGGAUCUCCUGCAAAAGGUAUAGUAAAAUUUCAGUACAGGUAAAUGUAUGUCUAUUUGACAGCCACACCUAACCACUGUAAUCAGUCAAACAUGUAAUGACAUCAAGAACUUGAAAGAAUCAAUCUAGAAGAGUAAAUCAACUGUGGGUUACUAAAUGAAGGCGUCUGGUAUUUCAUAAAGAUCUCAAACCUAAGGUGACCUACAAUACAGAGAAAAUUUUUGAAAGUUAGUUCAUUUGUUUUCAUGUGUGUGUCAGUUCCAUGAUAGACAUGCAAAUUUUAGUUGUAUGAUGGCCCUGUUGCACUAUAUUAACAGUAUCUGUCUCACAACAAAGGGGUCAUGGGUUUUAUUUGCUCAUGGUUGUACCAAGUUUUAUAGGUUAAUAGAUAAAUGGAAUGGAUAAAAUUAUAUUGCUUGAGCGAGUUGGAAGUGCUGGGCCAUCUUGGCAAUAAGACAGUAAUCUUGCCAGAUAAAUUACAGCUGUGUUGACAAAUAUUCAGAAAUGAAAGAGAAAAACAGAUCCAAGUUGUGAGUAACUUAUCACAUUGUGAAAACUGAUUUUUUAAAUAAUUUUGAAUAGAUUGCCAUCCUGGAAAGAUUCCCUUCUGGCAGCGGAGCUGUUGACAGUAACAUGAUGAAAGACUACCAACAGAGCAGGUAAAAUAUUUGCAUUAUAAAUGACCCUGAAAAAUACAGUCCCUUGGUGUUUCAUCAGGCAUCCUUGCCUUUAAAAAAUAAUACAGAUGAAAAUUUGUUCACUUUUAGGAAAUAGCUUUAUGAAAACUAACUUUUUUUACCUUUUAUUUUUUUUUUUACAUUAAACUUUUAACUACAUCCAAGAAUAGACAGACAGCUACAUUUGAUUCCAAGAAUGUAAAAAAUUACAUUCAGAAAUUUUAAACAGUUGGGCAUCUUUUUCGACAAAGAUCUCAUUUAUAUUUUUGAAUCGUUUCCCAUUUUUAGGGUUCGCAUCGAUCGUCUUGAAAAUGAAAAGAAAGAGCUCCUCAGUGAGCUUCGCAUUGCUCGACAGCAGUCUUCAGGUACAGGUGAAUCUCCACAGGUAUGUUUCCUGUGAAUUAACAUUCAAAAAUAUUUGUGCCUGAAACUUUGACUAGAUUAUUAUUUUCAUAUUUGUGGUCAUCAUCUUGAAGUAAUUCUACAACGUCUGUAACAAAGAAAUGUGGUGUCAUAGUUAUAACUUGUAUUUCUGAAACAUUUAAAUUUUUAAGAAUUUAGAAAAAUCAAUCCUAUUGAAAGGGAAGUGUGAUGGAACAUUUGACCCUGUUUUGAAAGCUAUCUUGACAAAGUUUGUUCACUGAUAACAUAAUGUUCAUAUCUGUAAAUAAUUUGGCUGAUCUUUAAAGUUCUGCUUACAUCCAUCCAGUAUUUGUUGAACUUUGAAGCUGAAAUGUUUUUUAUUAAACUCCUUAAGAUUACUGAUGACAUUUUAACCAAAGCCAGCAACUACGACAGAAUAACGAGAGAAAAUAUAGAAAUUCACAUGGAGCUGAAGUCAGUGGAACUUGAGAAGGAAAAACUGAAAAGAGAAGUUGACAAGGUGAAGCAUUAAAUUAAACAGGGUUAAAUUAUACAAAUGAGGAAUAAUGAAUAACGAGAACAAUUGUGUUAAAAUCACUCUGCUGUGAACAUGUGUGCCAUUUGCUAAUAAGAUAAUUAAGAAUUUUUCACAACAUUAAAAACAUUAAAUAAAUGUUACUUUUCGUAGAACCUCUAUAGCUAUGGACAUGGAACAAUGUUUAUUUAUUAAAAUAAAAUAAUAAUUUUUUUUCUGGAAGCCUCAAAGCUUUUGUUGCUAAAUGAAAUCUAAAUCCAUAGAUAUGAAUGAAAAAUGAAACUUUUUUUUUUCCCACCUCAGCUGAAGAAAGAACUAGGCAAUUUCGGUCCAGAUUUUUUUGAAGAAAUCGAAGACCUCAAGUACAACUACAAACAAAGUGUCCAGAGAAAUGUGUUGUUGGAGGAGAAGUUGAAGCAGGUGUCACUGCAGUUUGGUGUGUCCCUGGACAUUCCUGGGCUCUAGCAGCAGCAGAUGAUGGUUAUUUAAAUGUAUUCAGUGUAAAUAGUUGAACUGCCAUUAUACCGGGUACUCUGGUCAUGUGACUGUAGCUUUAGAUGUUUAACCUUGUUAAAUUAUGCCUGUGUCUGACCAGAUUUUUUAAUUCAGGUCCUAGGAACUAGCAUAAAUUGCUUAAUUAAUAGUAUUUAGUUAGAUGUAUACAAAUUUUACCACAUUUAAUAAGAUGCUUUCGAGACUGACUUUAAAUAUUCAAAUAGAAGUCACUUAAUUUUGUUACACUUUUAUAUUUAUUAAAAUAAAACUAAACUUAACUUUGCUUGACAAAUAACCUGCAAUUAGAAUUAAUAGGGGAAAAUCUAGAGCUCAGUUUUAGGUUUUGUUUCUCUCAUUCCUUGAAUAGCUGUAUAAUGAAUUCCUUCAACAAUAGUUAUAAUAUUUAUAAAUAUAAAGUCUUUAUUUUGCCCAGAAAUUUUUUCUUAGAAACUAUAAUUAUAUUUACCACGUCCAUUUGUAUCAGAGUUUUGAAUACAUAAUAAUUAAUUUUUUUAUUUUUCUUGAAAGACAAAAUAUGCAUUUCUGUGAUACAUGAACUUACGUAAUUAUAAUGUUUUUUUUAAUUUCAUUAUAAUAAAUUAUUUUUUUUAAUUCUCUGUUGUUUCAUUAUCAAAAUAAUGAUACUAAAAUGUUUUUAUGUGUUAAAAUUUGAGCUCUACGUUUGUAGUAACAUUUUACAACAUUAUUUGUGAAUGUGUAAAUUUGAUUGCCUCAGCUUGAGUAAUAUGUCCCAAAGCAUACAUGCUAGUCUAGGGUCAUGAAUAGAUUAUAAAAUAUUGGCUGGGAACUUACUGCAUGUUGAAUUUAAUUAUAUGUAUAUUGGAAAAGAAAGGCAUUAUUUGUAUGAUGCAGGAAACUUCCCACACACCACCGUUUGUAAAAUCAACAAAGUUUCUAAUUUGCCAGUUCAAGAAGAUUAACAGCUUUAUCAGAAAUUAUAAAAGUCUAAUUGUUGGAAAAGAAAAGUAACAAUACACCAAACUGCAUAAUAAACACAGAAGUAAAAUGAAUAAGUAGCCUACCUCGAAAUAUGUGGAUGUUUUUGUUUCUGAGUUAUGGAUGAUGUAAAGUUCUAGCAUUUUUAAAUCUAUCUUUGUUGAUUAUGUGAGUGUUUGAUCACACUAUGUCAUGCUUAAAAUAACUGUUCGAUCCAAAUUUACAUUUUGUAAAGUCGUCCGUCCACAUUUAUAUUGUAAAUGAAACUUGUUUUUUUUUAAUGAAGACUCCAUCCAAAUUAUUAGUCCAUAAAUAAAUGUAUUAAUUUC